GCACACACGUGGAUACAGUGAGGUUUGCGCUGCGCUGGGAUAUCGCAGCAGGUCUACUGCAUCACGCGGAUUUAAUUAAUACGAGGCCGGCCGGGCAGGUACUUUACUAAAAUCACAGACGUGUAAUCUAGGCUCAACUGGAAAUGGAGAAGUUGGUGCUGAUUUCUGUGCUUUUGGGGCUGGUGUGUGGCAGUGAUGUGAUAGACCUCUCUGGUGGUUUGUUCGAAGCAGAAAUCAGCCAACAUGACUUGAUGCUUGUUGAGUUUUUCGCUCCGUGGUGCGGCCACUGUAAGAGACUUGCUCCUGAGUAUGAGACAGCAGCAACUACCCUGAAGAGGAAUGACCCUCCAGUGCCGCUUGCAAAGGUUGACUGUACUGAUGAUGCAGGGGGCAAGGACACAUGCUCUAAAUAUGGUGUGUCAGGCUACCCAACCCUGAAGAUUUUCAGGAAUGGGGACUUCUCUUCGGAAUAUGACGGGCCAAGAAGUGCAGAUGGCAUUGUCAGCACAAUGAAGAAACAGUCUGGGCCAAUGGCGAAAGAAGUCAGUGAUGUCAAGUCGUUGCAGAAGAUACUGGACAAUGCCCAACAGCCCGUCGUUGUAGGCUUUUUCUCCAAAGAAGGCAAAGAGAAAGAAAACCUUGUCAAGGCUGCUUCCAACCUCUUCACCAACUACAAAGUGGUUUACUCUCUCUCUGAAGAAGUCAAUAAAGAAUUUGGCCACACUCAUGCUGUUGUCCUCUUCCGACCUGUGCACCUAAAUAACAAAUUUGAAGACAACAAAGUAGAGAUGUCGGCCGCCAUUACAAGGGCCAACAUAGAGAAGUUUGCUGGGGAUAAUAGCAUGGGGCUUUGCGGUCACAUGACACCGGACAACCAGGACCUGUUCAAGAAGCCGCAAGUUGUGGCCUAUUAUAAGGUUGACUACAAACAGAAUCCUAAAGGUACCAACUAUUACCGCAACAGGGUCAUGAAAGUGGCCAAGAACUACAAAGAUGAGGGCUUGACCUUUGCCAUUGCCUCAAAAAGUGACUUUUCAGGAGUUCUUGAGUCGAUGGAUAUUAAGUCAGAUGAUGAUGUCAAAGUUGUUGCCUGGCAGUCUAAUGGAGAGAAAUUCAAGAUGGAGGAAGCUUUUACAAACGACGGCAAAGCCCUUGAUGCCUUUGUGAAGAAGUUUUUGGCUGGAGAAAUCAAACCAUUUAUCAAAAGUGAGCCAGCACCAGCAAGUAAUGAUGGUCCUGUCAAGGUAGUGGUGGGUAGCACCUUCAAUGACAUUGUCAAGGACGACACCAAAGAUGUCCUCAUUGAGUUCUAUGCUCCGUGGUGCGGUCACUGCAAAUCUCUGGAGCCCAAGUACACUGAACUCGGGGAGAAGUUGAAAGACGUAGAGCAUGUUGUCAUUGCCAAGAUGGAUGCCACUGCUAACGAUUCACCUGCUGAAUACGCAGUGUCUGGGUUUCCCACUAUAUACUGGGCGCCCAUGGGUAGCAAGUCCGACCCUAAGAAGUACCAAGGUGGGCGUGAGGUAGACGACUUCAUCAAAUUUAUUAAGAAGGAGUCCACAAAGCCUGUCAAUGUGGGCAAGAAGAAGAAAUCGAAGACGGAUGAGUUAUAAGGAUGAGGCAAGGGGUCGUUUUGUUUGGACAAAACAACAAAUAGGGUGGUAUUGGGUCGAGAGUAAAUAGUGACUCCAAAGGGGAACCAGGGAACAUAAUCUGGAAAGAAGACUUUUUUUUUUUCAUUUUUUUCAUAGAAAUAUCACAUUUCAUUUUUUUAUUGGGUAGGAUGAACCAUUCAUUAAUAUUCAUUCUAGUGUACGUCCAGCAUAUGGAAAGAAGUAGAAGCUUGGGUUUCAGGAAUUUUUAUGUCAAAUGUUGACUAGAAAUAAAACUAGAUUCAAAUUGUUAAAAGGGAAUUGGGCAUAUUACUUCGUAGAUUUGGCUUGAGAAUUUCACGAGCAGAUUCAUCCUUUGUAUACAUGUACUUCAUUUGUAUAUCUUUAUGUUAUUGUUCACCCGCCUAGCCUCUGAUGUAAAAUGGGUCUUUGGUUCUCCUCAAAGGGCUUUAUCCCCACUUUCAGUGGGAACACACAUUCGUAAUGCAACAGUAAUAAACACUGGGUUGGAUUCAUGGACAGACCGUACCACGCCACUCCAUAGUGUAGGAUCCAGCUCUCUUGCUUUAGUUGUUAGCAAGAGCCUUGUUGCAAAAAAAGGGUCAUUCGGGAGCAAGGCACGCGUAGGAGUCCUGCGUUGGGCUGGGCGAGUAGGGCAGACCUCGCGUUCACAUCUGAAUUACCUUGGGCGCACUUCAUUCGAGGCAUGUUGGAAUACCGUACUGGCUCAUUGUAAGGAAGAGAGAGAAAUCGGAUGAAGAGCUCAAAACUCGAAUGAUCCUUUACUAGGAAGAAUAGACUUGCACCUUUCCUGUGCUAAUUUAAAGUGUCCUUAGCAUGGGGGGUGUAAGACUUCAAACAGAUUAAAGAUAAAAGUUGUGAAUUCUUGUUAACAAGCUUGACAAUAUAGGUGUAGAACCUCUAUUCUAUCUGUUACUUAACCUUCACAAGUUGUGCAGAACUUUGGUUUUGAUAUGAAUGCAUCCAUCAUUCAAGUGAUUCUGUACACGGCACGUCAGUUUUGGAGACUUUUGAAGAUCUAUUUUGUAAUGACUGCGGUCCUGUCUGUCGGUCUUUUUGCUGUUGCAUAAACUCGUCACUAUGAAAAAAUACAUACGUUGAAAGCUAGUAUGUAGUUACGUUUCAGUGGCAAUAACUCUUUUUUUCUGUUUUUACCUAAAAUGAUCAAGAGUUGUUUGAAGCCCCUUUAUUGUUCUGAUAGCCCAGGAAAACGACUCGUUUGGAUUUUAAUUUGAUGUCAUUUAACUGCGAGCUUGUAUUAAGGCUCGCUCCGAUUUGAUAGCUUCUCUCAUAAAAUAAACACGAUUGUGUUAAAAACUA